AUGAAUAGCCGCUCUCUGCUUUCACCAACCCUUUGCUUGAGCCGUUCUACUUACUCGGCCAGCGGCAACAGUAGCAAUAUCCACCACCGCAGCAAUAGCAACGGCAACGCCAGCACCAAGAGCUACACCAGCAACAGUAGCAGCGCGAGCGGCAGCACAAAUCAUGCCAGAAGAGAGGAUCAGCUCGUGGCAACGCUUACUAGUCUAUCAAUGGAGGCGAACGGUGGGACUAUUGUGGCAGGCGGCGCUAGGAAGAGAAAUCGAACAGUAAUGUCUGGCUCCGCCAGCUCUGUCGAUCCAACAGGGCACAAAAGUAGCCCGAUAGCUAUUGAGUUUCCUGCAAUUGCUCGUGUUUAUACUCCAUUAACGGCGAGGGGCGAUCUUCCUGGCGGUUAUUUUCCAAACCACGAACAGAAAGAUCAUCGACCGCGCCGCAUACACGGUUUAUCCGAACUAUCGCGAGCCGUCCAUCACUACGAUCCCAUGGACUCCCCUACCUUUUCGAAAACAAUCGCCAAUUCGGCCCUUCUCUCACCCCAAGCCAUUUCUCCUCCCGUUCUGUCUCCUGAGCCGCUCAUUAUGCCCACUGGCAAAUACUACCCCUCCAACUACAUGUGCUUCAACGAAAGCAAUCGUCCUACCCCCUCAAAAUUUCUAUCUCCCAAGAAUCUCAGUAUUCCUACCAUACCUAAACGCGGGAAAGAGCGCCAAAGUGUUCAUGAACGUAAGACGCCAGACGUAACGAGAAAACUACAGCAAUACCAGCAAGAAAUGUUGGCUCAGGCAAAAAAAGCCGUCAAAGAGCGUGGAAUCAUCACAAAGAAACCGCAGAGCAUAACACUGCGACCAAUCGAAGCCGGACCUGGCGGAAUCACACCUUUCGAAUUGGAAGGCGAGACGAACGGAUACCUCACCGAAGGAGAAAGAAGGUGA